GGUGCAGCACACCCCUGAACCACAUUAGAAAUUCUCAAUCAGCGCUCGUCGUCUCUCUCAACACACCCCCCUUUCAGUCAAUCCCUCUUCUGCAAACACUGUCCACACCAACAUCACCGACGAUUUUAUGCAUGGAAAUCGAACAAGAAAACGCCUGCAACGGAGUCAAGAGAAACGAGCCCUUGACUCUUGACUGGGAACAGCUCUUACCUACGGCUUCCGCUGACGACGAUCGGCCGCCGGAACUUGUGGUGAAAUCUGAGAAGAAAUCCAAAGACGGCAGUAGUGGAGGAGAUGCGGAACAGGAUCAAAAGGAACACUUUGAACUACUCUCGAAAUCGGACCAUGAAAUUAACGAGUAUAUUGCGAGGCAUAAAACAGUCAUGCAAACAUUAAGUUCGAAGUUGCCUGAUAAGGGCGAAAAGCUCAAGGCAACUUUCCGGAGACACGUAGAGGAACUCGAACGGAGAAAGAAACUCCAAUCGGAGAAGGGUCAUAAUGGAUGUGAGGAGACAAUACAACUUUCUGAUCAUAGUGAUGACGGUGCUUCGUGUGGGAAAAAGAAAGGUGAUCAGAAAUCUUUAUCUACAUCGACGUUUGCCAAACUUUUUUGCAAUAGGUUGGAGAAAGAUAAGGAUUCUAGGACUGUCAAUGCUUUUGAAGACGAUUUAUCUUUCAUCAAUCCUUGUCAAGGGAAAAAAGUGAAACCAAAUAGUCAGCUUUUGGGAAAGAGAAGAUCCAGAAUGGGAUUAUCUUCCAGACCAGCAUCAACACAAGAAUCUUUGCGAUCUCCGAGGACUCCUUCAGUAGAUAGUGAGAAACUGAUAAUCUCCAAUGAUGACAAAAAGGAGAAUAAUUCUGCUACCUCUUCCCCUGACCACCUUGCGGGAAACAAGUCAUGUUCUUUCUCAGAGACAAACUUUUAUCAAGACCAGCCUUCAAGAAAUUUGAGGCCUAGACAUAGACGAACAUAUCAUUUAGUGGAUGAGGAGCCUCUGAUUCAGACUACUAUACAAUAUGGGGAAAAAUUGGAUGACAGCAUGAAAGAUGUUACUGUCUACUACCCAUCAAGGGAUGACCCAGGUUCAGUUGAAGUUAAUUAUGCAGACAUGGCAUGUCUUGCUCCUGAAGCAUGUCUUUCAUCCGCUAUCAUGAAUUUUUAUAUACGAUAUCUUCAGCAGCCAACAUCUUCAUCUGAGAGUGCAACAUGCAAUUCUCAUUUCUUCAACACAUAUUUCUAUAACAAGCUGGAAAAGCUGAGCUACAAGGAAGAUUCAUUUCUUAAGUUCAGAAAGUGGUGGAAAGGUGUCAGCAUAUUUGAGAAAGCGUACAUACUUCUCCCGAUACAUGAAAAUGCUCACUGGAGCCUGGUGAUAAUAUGUAUCCCUACGAAGGAAGAUGAACUAGGGCCAAUGUUGCUUCAUUUGGACUCACUCGGACUACAUGAUAGCAGAUCACUUUUUGAUAACAUUAGAAGAUUUCUGAAAGAAGAGUGGAGCUUCCUAAGAAAAUCAGAAGAGCCUUUAGAUCUCCCUAUUACAGAAGAGAUAUGGGAAAAUCUUGAUCGUAGAAUAUAUGACAGAAGGGUGACGGUUCCGCAGCAGAGGAAUGAAUAUGAUUGUGGGCUCUUUGUUCUGUUCUAUAUGGAACGUUUCAUCAAAGAAGCUCCUGACAGGCUCAGAAAGAAAGAUUUAUCGAUGUUUGGCAAGCAAUGGUUUCACCCUGAAGAAGCAUCCAAUUUAAGAGUGAGAAUUCAUAAUCUACUUGUACAAGAGUUCAAGAGUGCGAAAGAGAAGGAAAAAGCCUCAUCUCCCAAGUGUUAGGCAUCAAAUUCUUAUUCUUUGACCCUGCUAAUCGGACCGAUGAAGGUGAAAACAGUGGGGAUGCUGAUAGUUUUGAGGGCAGUUGUUGUGGGGAAGUUGGGGUGAAUCAUAGUUUAGGAAGCCAUGAUUAAGGUUGCUUCUUUUUUCUGUAGAUGUAAAUCUUGUUUCCAACAAGGCCUUCUUUAGUUGUAUAUACAUUUGUAUAGCAAGCCUGAAAAGCAGAUUAAUAAUCACUAAAGGCUGAGUAAUGGGUUAAAGUUAGUGUUGUUCCAUGUGGUGCAA